GUUACCCUGAACUGGAAGGGUCUAUGGAGAUACGUGAAAAUUAAGACUUUAUAUUUUAUUCGUAAUUUAAUUUAGAUUAUUUGAAGUGAGAAACAUGAUAUUAAUUUCAUUAUCAGCUGGUGGAAGUUUAUGCAAAUUGAUGAUUAUUAGAAGAAACGAAAGAAAAUUCUCUUGAGAAGAACGAAACAAUCAAGAAUUUAUUUCUCAUAAGUCAGAUUAUCGGAUUAUGGCUUUCAACUGGAAGAAGUGGCGCAUGGUUGUUUUCUUUAGUUUCCUUCAGUGUUAUUUCUUUUCUGCAUUUCUUGGCCUUUUAGUCUAUACUUUAAAUGACCCACCAAAUUUUGACGAUUGGAACAAAAAUACAAGUAAAAUCAAAUUACGUUUUGUGCUUUGCGUUAUUCAUGGAAUAGGCGCUAUAUCAUUGGCGUGCUUUCUUGGAUGUAAAGCAAUUUUAAAACAAUGUGAACAUCGUAAUGGAGAUAAUUUGAGAUUUUCUACUAUUAAGGAUAUUGAAGAAACUUCAUCAGAUAGUAAUUUAAUAUCCAUGUCUCGCUUUUCAGAAGUUAUGUUCGAUUUAAGGACUAUAAAUGAAUUACAAAUCCCAGUAGCAGAAUUUAAGUUUCCUUCAUCCAACCGUUUAAAUACUGAUGAUAUUAAUAUGUCUGGUUCAGUAUCGAGUCUGGAUUCAACUACAUCAGUUUAUAUCUAUCAUCCUAGAAAUCGUUUAACACCUAAAAAAGAGUUAUACCAUUAUUUUGUAUAA